AUGAAAUCGACGAGAAUCAAAUCGAGGCCGACACAUUUGAUACGGAAAUACCUCCGUUACCAGAAAUGGCUCCUGCGCUUGACGAAGACCGAAGUGAACCAUCAAAACGUUUGUUCCAUGUAUUAUAUAUCAAGAUUAGCGGUGGAUAACUACUGUGAGUAUUCUGACACCCUUCGACAGAGCAUCGAAUCGUUUUCUCUGUUGUGUAAAUCUCCCAAGUUCGAGGAAAAGCGUGAAUUUGCUCUCCCAUCAGGUCAGAAAUUGCCUCCAAAUGUGUUGAAAGAGCUUUCUUUCCCUUACAUAUCCAUUCAGAGUCGAUCUGGAUCGAUCGAGAUCCAACGAAAUCCAAACAUGGACGAGUUAGAGAGUUUGCUUGGAGAAUCGGAAGCACUCUCAGUGCUCCAGUUUAUCCUCCAGUCUCGACUUGAUAAGGAAGAUGAUUCAAAGCACAUGUACACAUUACCUCCUCAGGAAGAUAAGGAGAAACGCCGUCAACUGCACUUAUUUUUCAAAAAGAAAUACCCGUUCAUUCAUACCUCUACCAGUCAAUCCAGUAUUGUUCUCUCCACACAGCGAAGUUUGAAACGAAAUCGCAAUCGAAGAGAACCUUCGAAACGAACAGAGGUUUCCUUUCAUGGAAUCCUGCGAUUUGUACUCAAGAAAACGAACAUCGAGCUCUUUUCUCUUAAAUCGCGUCUUUGCCAGCUUCUCCACAUCCACGAGCGUGCUUUAGCCUUUGCGGGCAUCAAAGAUAAAAAGGCCGUUACCACACAGUUUGGCACUGUCCGCAAUAUCACGGCAGAUCAACUGCUGGCGGCUUGCUCGCAGCUUCGCGAUGUUGAAGUCGGCGGGUUCUCGUAUGUUUCGAAAGAAAUCGAAAUAGGGCAGUUAUGGGGAAACAGAUUCAUCUUGACAUUGCGAAACGUUUCUUGCUCGUGGAAGGACUGCGUUCAAAACUUGAAAGCGAUGAAUCGCUUGGGAUUUGUGAACUAUUUUGGAACGCAACGACUUGGACAGCGAGAUGAAUCCUCGAGCAUUCCUUCCCAAAUAGGGUGUUAUCUGCUCCAAAAGCAAUGGGGAAAGGCAGUUCGUCUCUUCUUGGAGCCCAGCGCCGUGUUUACAGUUCGUUUGAUCCUCUCGAUUCAUACUCAGGACGACAAUUCCAUCGAAUCUCUUCAGCUGUUCCACGAAGGAGACAUCAAAGGAGCGAUUAAACACUGUUCCAUUUCCUCAUAUGUCUUGCUUGCCAUUCUUCGCACGAUCAAUCGAUUCGGCUAUGACAACUUCAAGCAGCAGUUCGACGAUCCAUCUUCUCAGCAAUCCGAGCUUUUCCUGUCCAUUCUGCGCGCGAUUCCCUCUGAACAGCUCACCUUCUACGUCAAAGCCUUCCAAUCGCUGCUCUUCAACAAGGUUCUGCAGUGGCGAGUCCAGCACUUCCACGAAGCAAUUCUCCCAGGCGAUGUAUUUCUCCACGAAGACUCGCUCGCUUCGGAAGGCUGCUUGCGUGAGGUUGUGUUGCCUCUCUGCGGAUACGAUGUGAAGCUUCCCUCGAACGAAGUGGGCGAGUACUAUGAUCGGAUCUUAAAAGAGACGGUGGGCUGGGGAAUGGAAGGUUUUCAGAAGGAUUCAUCGCCGUUUGUUCUGCCUGGGUCGUAUCGAUGCAUUGCUGCGCAGCCCCUCGAACUGUGCGGAGGCGUGGAAACCUUGGAAGCGAUUGAGUCCCUUGAUGAAAACCAGGCUGUCGCUUCUCCGUUCGAUUUGAAGCUUUCCUUCUGUCUACGCAAAGGACUAUACGCCACAACGAUGAUAACCGAGCUGACGAGUGGUGGAUGCAGCCAGUAA